GUUCAGUGCGUCGCCACCGCCCCCGCCUAGGCGAGAGCCCAGAGAGCUGAACCUGCUCCCUUGGACCUACCGGGACCGUCGUACACCAUGGGUCUCCACCUCCGGCCCUACCGUGUGGGGCUGCUCCCGGAUGGCCUCCUGUUCCUCUUGCUGCUGCUAAUGCUGCUCGCGGACCCAGCGCUCCCGGCCGGACGUCACCCCCCAGUGGUGCUGGUCCCUGGUGAUUUGGGGAACCAGCUGGAAGCCAAGCUGGAUAAGCCGACAGUGGUGCACUACCUCUGCUCCAAGAAGACCGAAAGCUACUUCACAAUCUGGCUGAACCUGGAACUGCUGCUGCCUGUCAUCAUUGACUGCUGGAUUGAUAAUAUCAGGCUGGUUUACAACAAAACAUCCAGGGCCACCCAGUUUCCUGAUGGUGUGGAUGUACGUGUCCCUGGCUUUGGGAAGACCUUCUCACUGGAGUUCCUGGACCCCAGCAAAAGCAGCGUGGGUUCCUAUUUCCACACCAUGGUGGAGAGCCUUGUGGGCUGGGGCUACACACGGGGUGAGGAUGUCCGAGGGGCUCCCUAUGACUGGCGCCGAGCCCCAAAUGAAAACGGGCCUUACUUCCUGGCCCUCCGCGAGAUGAUCGAGGAGAUGUACCAGCUGUAUGGGGGCCCCGUGGUGCUGGUUGCCCACAGUAUGGGCAACAUGUACACGCUCUACUUUCUGCAGCGGCAGCCGCAGGCCUGGAAGGACAAGUAUAUCCGGGCCUUCGUGUCACUGGGUGCGCCCUGGGGGGGCGUGGCCAAGACCCUGCGCGUCCUGGCUUCAGGAGACAACAACCGGAUCCCAGUCAUCGGGCCCCUGAAGAUCCGGGAGCAGCAGCGGUCAGCUGUCUCCACCAGCUGGCUGCUGCCCUACAGCUACACGUGGUCACCUGAGAAGGUGUUUGUCCAGACGCCCACGACCAACUACACACUGCGGGACUACCGCAGGUUCUUCCAGGACAUCGGCUUUGAAGACGGCUGGCUCAUGCGGCAGGAUACAGAAGGGCUGGUGGAGGCCACAAUGCCACCUGGCGUGCAACUGCACUGCCUCUAUGGCACUGGUGUCCCCACACCAGACUCCUUCUACUAUGAGAGCUUCCCUGACCGUGACCCUAAAAUCUGCUUUGGUGACGGCGAUGGUACUGUGAACUUGAAGAGUGCCCUGCAGUGCCAGGCCUGGCAGAGCCGCCAGGAGCACCAAGUGUUGCUACAGGAGCUGCCAGGCUGCGAGCACAUCGAGAUGCUGGCCAACGCCACCACCCUGGCCUAUCUGAAACGUGUGCUCCUUGGGCCCUGACUCCUGUGCCAGGCAGGGCUGGAUGGCUCAGCUGUGGACCUACUCUUGGCCUCUGGUGCUGUCAUGGCCCAUGAGUUUCUCAGAGUUUGUGACUGACCAUUCAAGGCCCCGAGUCUUGGACUGUGAAGCGUCUGCCAUGGGGAAGUGCUGUUUGUUAUCCUUUCUCUGUGGCAGUGAAGAAGGAAGAAAUGAGAGUCUGGACUCAGGGACACUGGAUGGCAAGAAUGCUGCUGAUGGUGGAAUUGCUGUGACCUCAGGACUGGCUCCACAGGGUGGGCUGGCUGGGCCCUGGUCCCAGUCCCUACCUGGGGCCGUGUGUCCCCCCUACUCCUAUGGGCUUUUCAUACUUGCCUACUGGGCCCUGGCCCCGCUGCCUUCCUAUGAGGGAUGUUACUGUGCUGUGGUCCUAUACCCAGAGGUCCCAGGGAUGGGCUCCUGGCCCCUCGGAUGACCCUUCCCACACACCAGCCACAGGUAGGCCUGCCACUGGCCAUGGGUAGCUAGAGCUGCUGGCUUCCCUGUGGCUUAGCUGGUGGCCAGCCUGACUGGCUUCCUGGGCGAGCCCAGUAGCUCCUGCAGGCAGGGGCAGUUUGUUGCAUUCUUCAUGGUUCCCAGGCCCUGGGACAUUUCACUCCACUCCUACCUCCCUUACCGCCAGGAGCAGUCAAGCUCUGGAUUGGGCAGCAGAUGUGCCCCCAGUCCUGAAGGCUGUGUCCCAGGAGCUCUGAUUUCCUCGGAUGUACUGUUGGCCCCAGGACUGAAGCUGCCUCCCUUCGCCCUGGGACUGUGGUUCCAAGGAUGAGAGCAGGGGUUGGAGCCACGGCCUUCUAGGGACCUGUGGAGAAAGGGAAUCCAAGGAAGCAGCCAAGGCUGCUCGCAGCUUCCCUGAGCUGUAACUCUUGCUAAUCCCACCACCACACUGCCACCCUGCCCUAGGGUCUCACUAGUACCCAAGUGGGUCAGCGCGGGGCUGAGCACGGGGCUGAAUGGGACCCUGAGAGAGCCAGGGGUCCCCUGAGGCCCCCCUAGGGGCUUUCUGUCUGCCCCAGGGUGCUCCAUGGGUCUCCCUGUGGUAGCAGGCAUGGAGAGUCAGGGCUGCCUUCAUGGCAGUAGGCUUUAAGUGGGUGACUGGCCACAGGCUGAGAAAAGGGUACAGCCUCUAGGUGGGGUUCCCAAAGCUGCCUUCAGGCUGGACUGAGCUGCUCUCCCACAGGGUUUCUGUGCAGCUGGAUUUUCUCUGUUGCGUACAUGCCUGGCAUCUGUCUCCCUUUGUUCCUGAGUGGUGGGCCCCGCAUAGGGCUCUGAGCAGGCUGAAUCUGGAUUCUGGCAAUAAAAGUACUCUGGACGCUGUAAGGUG